GGGAGGGGGGGGUGAAGGGUGUUGGGCCUGGCGGGAGUGCUGAGGGUUGCAGGCGGCUGGGUUGCUCUCCUGGGCGGUGUCCGGGGAGCUGUUGGCCAACUCACCCUGGGUUCCCACCACCCUCCGAGAGGUGUCUGAGCGAGUGGGGUCCACUAGCAAGACCCUUAAGCCGGCACCAUGGGCUGCUGCUUCUCUAAGAGGCGGAAGAGUGGAAAGGAGUCGCGGACUGAGGGAGAGGAGGAGCAGCCCAAGCUGUACAGCUGGGACCAACGGGAGAAGGUUGAUCCAAAAGAUUACACGUUUAGUGGACUAAAGGACGAAACAGUAGGUCGCUUACCUGGAAAAGUGGCAGGACAACAGUUUGUCAUUCAAGACUGUGAGAACUGUAACAUCUAUAUUUUUGACCACUCAGCUACUAUUACUAUUGAUGACUGUACUAACUGUGUAAUUUUUUUGGGACCAGUGAAAGGCAGUGUGUUUUUCCGAAAUUGUAGAGAUUGCAAGUGCACAUUGGCUUGCCAACAAUUUCGUGUAAGGGACUGUAGAAAGUUGGAAGUCUUUUUGUGCUGUGCCACUCAACCCAUUAUUGAAUCUUCUACAAACAUCAAGUUUGGCUGUUUUCAAUGGUACUACCCUGAAUUGGCAGCCCAAUUCAAAGAUGCAGGCCUCAGUAUCUUCAAUAACAUAUGGAGUCAUGUUCAUGAUUUUACACCUGUGUCCGGAGAGCUCAACUGGAGCCUUCUGCCAGAAAAUGCUGUGGUUCAAGACUAUGUUCCUCUCCCAACGACUGAAGAGUUCAAAGCUGUGCGAAUUUCCACAGAUCCCAAUAGAAGCAUUGUUCCUGUAUCCCGGGGUCAGAGACAGAAGUACAGUGAUGAAUCAUGUCUCGUGGUGUUAUUUGCCGAUGAUUAUACAACAGCAAAUGCCAGGAAACUAAUUGAUGAGAUGGUUGGCAAAGGCUUUUCCCUAGUGCAGACAAAGGAAAUGUCAAUGAAAACUGAAGAUGCUCAGAGGGUUUUCCGGGAAAAGGCAUCAGACUUUUUACUUCUUCUAAACAAAGGUCCUGUGAUUGCCCUGGAAUUUAAUGGAGAUGAUGCUGUACAAGAAUGUCACCUUAUUGUAAAUGGGCUAUUCAACGGGACAAAGAUGUUUGUAUCAGAAAAAAAGGAGACCGCAUCUGGAGAUGUUGACAGCUUCUAUAACUUUGCUGAGAUCCAGAUGGGGAUAUGAAGCGGAUUGUGGUAUUAGCCUCUUCCAACCUUUAUAUAGACAGUUUGAUAAUAUACUUAUGUAUGUUAGUCAUUUAGCAAUUAGUAUUUUUUUUUCUUUUUCUGUUUUUCGGAGCUGGGGACCGAACCCAGGGCCUUGCGCUUUCUAGGCAAGCGCUCUACCACUGAGCUAAAUCCGCAACCCCAGCAAUUAGUAAUUUUUACUAAUGCUAAAGUUGUUAAGGCUCUUUUAAAUAACUCUUUGAAUACCAUAUCAUUUAUUUGAGGAUCUAAAACAGUUCAUUUAAAUUGAGUAGUUUUAAUCACCUUAUAAACUAACCUGCUUCAAUAAGCUUGAAGUUUUAUUUCUUUUUAUACAAUAGUCUUAUUAGGAAAUAUUCAAGAUUUUACUCCUAAUUAAAAGUUCUUUCAUAUCUCUGGUAAUUUAAACUUUCCAACUUUCCUUAGUGUUCUAUGGUACUUCAUUUAAUAUAUAUUUUGUUUCUUAUUUUCUCUUUUAAUUUAGAGAAAUUUGUUACUAGGUGAAAUUAAAUAAACCUAUGCACUUUUUUUUAAAAAAACACAUACCCAGUUAAAUAAUCAUGUCCUUCUUGCAUUAUAUAACUAAUGAGAUUAGUUGGCAUACUAUUUUAUAAAUUUGGAAGUUUUUUUUUUUUUAAAUAUGGGUAUUUGAAAGCUGACUAUAGUCAUGGCAUCUGUAGUUCCAGACUACUUGGGAUGCUGAAGUGGAAGAAUCACUUCAGCUCAAGAGUUCAAGACCAGCCCUGGCAAGUAAGAUGCUAUUUUAGCAGAAAGAAAAACCUAGGAUAAUCAGCUUUGCUAAACUUCUAACUGAUCCUGGCAUUGCUGUUUUAAGGACUACUUCUAAAAUAGUAUGGCUGCCAGAUGAUUCUUCUGUUUUCUAAUAAGAAAAAGUAUACACAACAUAAAACUAUAGAACACCAAUCACCAGCGGAUUUGACAGAGGAUCACUGUCUGAUAGCUGUUGUGACUAGCAAGAAACCUAGAGCAAAACUUAGGACUUUUAAGUAAGGGACACUUAGGUAUGAUGAUAAUCUAGACAGGUUAUUAACAAUCUCCAUUUUUUACUCUAGUCAACUAAUAUUAAAAUAUGAUAAAGUUUGGGUUACUUGAAAUCAUUAUUUCUCAAAUGCAUCUGAUAAUAGUAAUUUCCCAGGAGGAGGCAUGGGAAUUGUUCAGAAACACAUAUUGAUGGAUCCAGUCUACAGGCGCACAGAUUUGGUUCUCAAGGGAAACCGAAUGAGGGUGUGUUAUCAUCUAAACUAAUCAAUUCUGAAGAUGUUGGUUCAUCGAUUUUAUCACAUUUGUCAGGGAACAGCAAUAGCUUUCAUAGGCUCAUUUAAAGGAAUCUGAGUGAAGCUCUAUUUUUAUAAAACUGAGAUUGAGUAUGGCCACUUGUAAAAUUCCUUUCAUGGUUGUUAUUAAAAGUGUAUUUUCAUGUUUAAAGUGGUUUUGGAUACUUUCAGGCCAGCUUAUAACUACCAUGUUAAAUUGUGAAUGUGUAGAAGUAAUGCUUUUUUAUUUUGAAUUAAUAAUAUUGAGUACCUACACUGUGCCUAGCCUUGUGCUGACCAUCAACAUUUCAACAUUUCUUUUGUUAUAAGAGCAUCAUGUUAUACAAAGUCAAUAUAAUCUCAUAAGGUGCAAAUAAAAACUGCUGGCAGGUAUAACAAUUUCUAUCAUAAUUUACAAAUGGUCUUUGCAAAUAAUGGUCAGAGCCAUUAAUGUUUCCCUUAGCUAAGCUAACUUAAAUGCAUUCUUUUCUGCCUUGAUUAUAUCACUAAUUGUCUUUAUCCACAUUUGAAAUAAUCUCAGUACGUGUUUUUUCAGAACUAAAAUGCAAUGUCACACAAAAUGUCACACAUUGAGUUUUUAUCAUAUCAGUAACGGUCUACAAAUACUCAGGAAUAUUAUGUAAAGGAGACAUUAAUUUAAGAUUUUCCCACCAAAUUUAGUAUGUUAACCAAAGCCUGAAACUUUAUAUCCAUUUAGGUAAGAACUUUUUACAAGUACUUCAUGUUGUUUCUGCAAGUGUAACUUUGAUAGUAAUCAUGAUAUAUUAACUACAUUUGGUUUCUGAAUAACUUUAAACUCAUGAAAAAUUAAUAGCCAUGAAAAGUGAUUUUUAUUGUCAUAUUUGUUUAAACAUCUUAUCAGUUUACUUCUCUUGCAUUAGUAGUACUGCUAUAUUUUGGGUCUGUAUGUUUAUGUGUAGCUUUUAUAUGUAAAUUUAUCUAGUAUUUAUAAAAUGUGCUUUGAAAUAAAUGUUAAAAUGGUUUAAUGCUAAUUUUUUGAAGAGUACUCUAUAUUUACUCAUACAUGUACCAAAAUUUGAUAAAAUUUUUAUUUUAUUUUGGGUGUUUUGUUAUACAAUUUUUAAUUUUAAAACAAAAUAAAUGUCUAAUCUCUGUCUCAUACUAAUGAGAAAUGAACUGUACACUGAGUGUGUAUUUGAUGUAAUACGUGCAUAUGUGUAUACAUGUGUAUAUAUACAAGGUACUCAAAAGAAAUGAAAAGGAAGAAACAUAUUUUGAUAUAAGGAAUUUCUAUCAUGUUUUCUUUUUUUAAAUAAGUCACAUUUUGUUAUGACUGAAUAUUUGCUAAGAUUAGGCAUCUUUCCUUCCAUAUUUUAAAAAUGCUGGGUGUAGCAUAUACCAUUGUAAUUCCAGUACUCAGGAAUUCAAGGCCAGCCUAGGUUAUAUAUUGAAUUCCAGGCCAGUCUGGGCUAUAUAGCAAGAGCCUGUCUCAAAAAAUAAAGAAGUAUGAUAAAUUUUCAUUCAAGUUUAUAAGAGUAGAUGGUAUUUUUAUUGUCAAAUUUACUAGUCUUUGUCUUCCUUUCCUAGCUCAUAAAACAAAUACUAAAAGUCCAAAUUGGUUAGUUUGUAAAAAUAUAACAUUGUGUUUAUUUCUACUUAUAAAGGUUCAACAAGCACAUUAAGAUCACUUGGAGCAUUGAGAACAAGCAGAAAUGAUAACACAAUAAUAAAAUUACUUCCUGUUGGAU